AUGGCUGGCAACAAGAGUAUUUCUCUUGAAGAAAUCAAGAACGAGAAUGUUGAUCUUGAACGGAUCCCUGUGCAAGAAGUAUUUGAACAGCUAAAAUGUACAAAAGAAGGUUUGACAACAGAGGAAGGGGAGCAGAGGCUCCAAAUAUUUGGCCCCAACAAACUAGAAGAGAAAAAGGAGAGCAAGAUUCUCAAGUUUUUGGGUUUUAUGUGGAAUCCUCUUUCAUGGGUAAUGGAAAUUGCUGCUAUUAUGGCCAUAGCAUUGGCUAAUGGAGGGGGCAAGCCCCCAGAUUACCAAGACUUCGUGGGUAUUGUGGUACUUCUUUUCAUCAACUCAACCAUAAGCUUCAUUGAAGAGAACAAUGCUGGAAAUGCAGCUGCUGCUCUCAUGGCAGGUCUUGCACCCAAGACUAAGGUGCUAAGGGAUGGGAGAUGGACCGAGCAGGAGGCAGCUAUCCUAGUACCAGGUGAUGUUAUAAGCAUCAAACUAGGAGAUAUAGUCCCUGCAGAUGCCCGCCUUCUUGAGGGAGAUCCACUCAAGAUUGACCAGUCGGCUCUCACUGGUGAAUCCCUACCUGUAACCAAGAAUCCUGGUGAUGAGGUCUUCUCUGGCUCAACAUGUAAGCAAGGUGAGAUUGAAGCUGUUGUUAUUGCAACCGGAGUCCACACCUUCUUUGGCAAGGCUGCUCAUCUUGUUGAUAGCACCAACCAAGUUGGUCACUUCCAAAAGGUUUUGACAGCCAUUGGAAACUUCUGUAUAUGUUCGAUUGCAUUGGGGAUGUUGGUGGAGAUAAUUGUGAUGUACCCCAUCCAACGCCGAAAGUACAGGGAUGGCAUUGAUAAUCUUUUGGUGCUACUGAUUGGUGGGAUUCCAAUUGCCAUGCCAACUGUGUUAUCAGUGACUAUGGCAAUUGGGUCCCAUCGGCUUUCUGAACAAGGUGCCAUUACAAAGAGGAUGACUGCCAUUGAGGAGAUGGCUGGAAUGGAUGUCCUUUGCAGUGACAAGACAGGGACUCUCACUCUCAACAAGCUUACUGUCGAUAAGAACUUGAUUGAGGUCUUUGUGAAGAACAUGGACAAAGACACUGUGGUCUUGAUUGCUGCUAGAGCUUCCAGAGUUGAAAAUCAGGAUGCUAUUGAUGCUUCAAUUGUGGGGAUGUUAGCUGACCCCAAGGAGGCAAGAGCAGGAAUAAAAGAGAUACAUUUCCUUCCCUUUAACCCUGUUGAGAAGCGAACUGCCAUAACUUAUAUUGACUCUGAUGGCAAUUGGCAUAGAGCUAGCAAGGGUGCACCAGAACAGAUUAUUGAUCUUUGCAACCUCAACAACGAAGCAAAAAACAAAGUACAUUCUAUGAUUGACAAAUUUGCAGACCGGGGCCUUCGUUCUUUGGGUGUUGCCCAACAGAUGGUACCAGAAAAAUCCAAGGAAAGUGCAGGAGCUCCAUGGCAGUUUGUGGGUCUAUUACCUCUUUUUGAUCCUCCAAGGCAUGAUAGUGCAGAAACCAUUCGCCGAGCUCUCAAUCUUGGUGUCAACGUUAAGAUGAUCACUGGUGAUCAGCUUGCCAUUGCCAAGGAGACUGGGCGUAGGCUUGGCAUGGGUACCAACAUGUAUCCUUCUUCCUCUCUUCUAGGCCAGAGUAAGGAUGACUCCAUUGCAACAAUGCCUGUUGAUGAGCUCAUUGAGAAGGCUGAUGGCUUUGCUGGUGUUUUCCCUGAGCAUAAAUACGAGAUUGUGAAGAAACUGCAAGAGAGAAAGCAUAUAUGUGGAAUGACUGGAGAUGGUGUGAAUGAUGCUCCUGCUCUGAAGAAGGCAGACAUAGGUAUUGCUGUAGCAGAUGCAACAGAUGCAGCCAGAAGUGCUUCAGACAUAGUGUUGACAGAGCCUGGACUCAGUGUAAUUAUAAGUGCAGUUUUAACCAGCAGAGCCAUCUUCCAGAGAAUGAAGAACUAUACAAUCUAUGCUGUGUCUAUUACAAUCCGUAUUGUGCUGGGGUUCAUGCUCAUUGCUCUUAUUUGGAAGUUUGAUUUCUCUCCCUUCAUGGUCCUGAUCAUUGCUAUCCUCAAUGAUGGAACCAUCAUGACCAUAUCCAAGGAUAGGGUCAAGCCAUCUCCUGUGCCUGAUUCAUGGAAACUCCAAGAGAUCUUUGCCACUGGUGUUGUCCUUGGCACCUACCUCGCCAUGAUGACAGUCAUCUUUUUCUACAUUGCGCAUGACACCGACUUUUUCUCAGAUCACUUUGGUGUCAGAUCCAUCAGGAACAACGAAGAUGAGCUCACUGCGGCUGUCUACCUCCAAGUGAGUAUUGUGAGUCAGGCACUCAUCUUUGUCACACGUUCAAGGAGCUGGUCUUUUGUCGAACGCCCUGGCCUUUUGCUCGUUAGUGCCUUUCUUGCUGCUCAACUGCUGGCUACAUUGAUUGCUGUGUAUGCCAAAUGGGGAUUUGCUAGAAUCCAAGGUAUCGGAUGGGGAUGGGCUGGAGUGAUCUGGGUCUACAGCAUUAUUUUCUACUUCCCUCUUGAUCCGCUUAAGUUCAUCAUCCGCUUUGCUUUGAGUGGCAAGGCUUGGGACAAUCUACUUGAGAAUAAGACUGCUUUUACAACAAAGAAGGAUUAUGGUAGAGAAGAGAGAGAGGCACAAUGGGCUUUGGCUCAACGUACUUUGCAUGGCCUGCAGCCUCCAGAUUUAUCUGGGCUCUUGAAUGAUAAGAACAGUUACAGAGAGUUGUCAGAGAUUGCAGAGCAAGCUAAGAGGCGUGCUGAGAUUGCAAGGCUAAGGGAGCUCAAUACACUCAAGGGGCAUGUUGAGUCUGUGGUAAAGCUCAAGGGACUAGAUAUUGAUACCAUUCAACAGAACUACACUGUUUGA